AUGCCGGCAGUUUGCCUUCGCCCAGACUGUCUCAAUGAGGCUUUCCAGGGGCAGCCUGGUGAAUUCUGCAGUCGUGGCUGCCGGUAUGCUGGGUGCUUGAGGCCCGGCUGCUUCAAGCAGCCCUUCGGUCGUCAGCCAGGCAACUUCUGCACCAAAGGCUGCCGAGAUGCCGGCUGCUUGGCGCCUGGUUGCCGCCAUCCGACUUGGGACAACCAUCCUGGAGGCUUUUGCAGCCAGCCGUGCAAGGCAGCGUUUGAGGCAGCCCUCGCCACAAAGAACGAUCAGGAGCUGCCGUGGUCGAGCCGGCGCCAUCCACUCCACCCGACCACCAGCACUGCCGCCUCACUGCUCAGCGAGGAGGAAGGCACCAGCCGGGACAGCUUCGUCGGCACCCUGUCAGCGAGCGACGAUUGCACCCUGCUUGUUGCUGCUGAAGACGACGGACCGGCAGAGCAGCGUUCGCUGUGGCAGCUUCUGCAGGAGAACACUGGCUACCCUCCCAGCAGAUGCGCUGCAUUGGCACAGCGGCCACUCCGGACGGCUGUUCAGAUUGAAGCCGUCGGCGAUCACGUUGCUAAGGCUGCGGCUUGGUUGGCGUCCGCCAGGGUGGCAAUGCAGCAGCAGGCGAGACCAUGCUACUGCACCUGA